GCCAAAACCAAUAGUACCAACCGAGCUGGGAGACUGGACAAUGGAAUCCAUGGAGCCCGGAGGUCACCAAAGUGGGGACCCUUCAGGAGCCGAAGAGACAAGGCCUCCCUUGAUAAAUCCGCCGCCUCCACCUCAAGCACCAUUUGCGGACGCAAACGCAGAAGGCUCGACGAUUCAGCCCAACGUAGAGCUUCAGGGCAAGGUCAAAGCAUGGAAAGAGGAAAAGGGGUUUGGAUUCCUCAUCGCUGACGAUGGGACUGAAGUGUUCGUCCACCGAAACCAGCUGGUGGAUGGCAGGGACCUGGAACUGGGUGCCGCGGUGGUUUUUGAGGCCCGGUUCAAUGCUCAACGAGUGAAAUGGGAAUGCACAAAGUGUUCUGGCGCAAUAGGACCCUUGCCAGAUGGUCAAGCCCGGCAAGGCGGAGGCAUGGACAUGGCCAACAACUUGUUUGUAGGCGGACUCCCUCUGGACAUCACGGAGGAAUUGCUCUACACCGUGUUUGGCCAGUAUGGAAUUGUCAAGCAGUUGAAGGUGCUGCCUGACAAUGGAAAAGGCGACAGGGCAGCGCUAGUGAGGAUGGCAGAUCCAAGCGUCGCCCAAUGGCUAGUCAGCAACAUGAAUGGCAACAUCCCCCAAGGCAUGAGCCAAUCUGUGGUGGUAAUGUUCUCCAAGAGCCAGCCCGGCAGAGGCGGCUAUGGGCCACAGCAAGGACUUUACGCGGCGGACAUGAGGUUCAAUCCAUAUGGACAAAUGCAGCCGCAAAUGAUGCAAGUGCACCCCCAGAUGCAGAUGCAAAUGCAGCCACAGAUGCAAAUGCAGCCGCAGAUGCAAAUGCAGAUGCAGCCCCAGUUGCAGAUGCAGCCUCAGAUGCAGAUGCAGAUGCAGCCUCACAUGCAGAUGCAGCCCCAGAUGCAGAUGCAGCAGCCUGAGAUGCAGCUGCAGCAGCAAAUGCAGAUGCAGCCCCAGAUGCAGAUGCAGCCCCAGAUGCAGAUGCAGCCUCAAAUGCAGAUGCAGCCCCAGAUGCAGAUGCAGCCUCAAAUGCAGAUGCAGCCUCAGAUGCAGAUGCAGAACCAGAUGCAGAUGCAGCCCCAGAUGCAGAUGCAGCCUCAGAUGCAGAUGCAGCCUCAGAUGCAGAUGCAGCCCCAGAUGCAGAUGCAGCCACAGAUGCAGAUGCAGUCUCAGAUGCAAAUGCAGCCGCAACUGCAGCAAAUGGGCCAGCCCCAAUUCCAGCAGCAAUUGGACCAGCAGCAGUAUUGUCAGCAACAAGUGCCGCUUCAGCAAUGCGAUCCACAGUUGCAGUGGCAGCAACACCAGACUCAGCAAAUGUCCCAACAACUCACUCAUCCGCAACAACAAAUUCAAGAACCACAGCAACAAUUCCAAGCUCAAAGCCCCCAAAGCCAAGCGACACAAGAACCUCAAGCCCAACACGCUCAACCGCCACAACCCACGCAGGACUUUCUGCAGCAACAGCAACCUUCAACAAGUACUGCACCUCCGAUAUUGCAGCAGAGUCAGGAUAUGCACAGCGCCAUGGCGCAGCAUUCUCAAUCAGGCACCCAGAUGCAAGAGCACCAGCCGCUCAAUGAGCAGCUAGAGCAACGCGGACUGCAAGAGGCGCAAAAGGUAGAGAUGCUGAGCUCGCCGCAGGAGCAGCUGCAACAGCAGUCGCAGCAGCAAGCAAACCAGCCACAUGUGCCAGAGAGGCAAGUGCAAGAUCACGGUGAAAAUGGCAUAGACAGAACGGCAGCGGAACCGCUACAGGCGGUGCUUUCUGCGCCCGACCUGCCCAAGAUGCCACACCAAGAUCCAGCCACGCCAGUUCAGGCGAACUAAAGCAGCUAGGCGUCAGCUUGAAGAUCAAGUGAAUAUGUGCCUUUGACCAGUCUCCGAAGCAGCAUGCUAAUUUGAUCAAUAGCUUGGGG